AUCACCAUCUUUCGAUACUCGUUACUAGUGACGGUUCUCCACAAACAUGUCGCGUACUUCAACAUCAAUUGAGCUCACAGCUUACCCCGAACCAUCAGUAUUAGCCCAUCCCGCGGGUUUAAAGCCAUCAACCAAGGGCGAUGAGACUCCUAAUAUAUCAGACGAUACUAGACCUAUCAAUCAGCCGGUCGAUGCGCGGACAAUAGAUGUGCCAAACAAGAAGACCACAGCGAUUGUGCUAGUCACAAUUGUCUGUGUAACUUUCAUCAGCAGUUUACUUUCUGGCCUGGUCACAGUCAUCUUGCCCACCAUGGCGCGAGAUGUGAAGUUGGAGGCGAAUCUACUACUUUGGCCAAUAUCUGUCUACGCAUUGACUUGCGGUUGUACGCUCCUGCUACUAGGAUCUAUUGCCGAUGUUGUCGGAAGCAGGCCAAUGUAUCUUACUGGAACCUUCCUCCAAUCGGGAUUUACACUGGCUUGCGGUCUUGCCCAGACUGGCAUACAACUUAUUGUGUUUCGUGCCUUAGCUGGUGUUGCAAUCUCCUUCUGUUUGCCAACCGCCGUCUCUAUUAUCACGAGUACGUUCCCAGAGGGCAAACGGCGCAAUAUCGCCUUUGCGUCGUUGGGUGCAGGCCAACCUAUUGGUUUCUCUCUGGGCCUGACGCUCGGAGGUAUUUUCAACGACAAGAUCGGUUGGAGAUGGGGUUUCCAUGUAUCGGCGAUCAUCAACACUAUUGUAUUCGUUCUCGCCUUCUUCGGGCUGCCCAAAAACAAAAGGACUGAAGCUGAGCGAGUUCAAGUGUGGUCUCGACUCAAGAAUGACAUUGAUUGGGUGGGCAUCCUGAUUGGUGCUUUAUCCCUGGCGAUGCUCUCCUACUCGUUCGCCUCCAUCACCGGAAACACUUCGAGGAUCCGCGAACCAGGAACGCUCGCUAUGCUUGUUAUAUCGAUCGCCCUUGUGCCAGCGUUCAUACUUUGGGUAGGCCGACAAGAACGUCUCGGACGGCCCGCUGUCAUUCCUAAUUCCCUCUGGAGGAACCGCAUCUUCACCUGCAUUUCGAUCGGCGUCUUCGUAAUCUGGGGUACCUUCAACGCCAUAGAGACCUUAUUGACACUAUUCUUCCAAGAAGUGCAAGAGAUCUCUGCAAUCCAGACAUCGAUUCGCUUCCUACCAGCACCCAUCUCCGGAGCGUUGAGUAACAUCGUGAUGGGACUCAUCGCUCACAAAGUUCGAGCGGAUUGGUGCGUCACCUUUGGCAUUGCCCUGAGCACGAUCGCAACCCUCCUGAUGGCAAUCAUCCAGCCGGAGUGGAACUACUGGGCCGCCGCCUUCCCGGCUGUCUUUUUGAACCCCAUCGGUGCCGACGCUCUCUUCACUGUAUCGAAUCUUGUUAUUACUCAGGUUUUCCCGGAGAAGACACAGGCGCUCGCUGGAAGUGUGUUCAACACUAUUGCACAGAUUGGCAAAAGCGUGGGCCUUGCUACUAGUGCGGUCAUUGCGGCGUCGAUAACAGAGCACAGUCACCAUGAGGACAAAACUAGCCCGGAAGCCUUGAUGCAAGGAUACAGGGCUGCGUUUUGGUAUCUUUUCGCUCUCAGCACGGCCGUCGGAGUUCUUUUCGCUUGGGGUCUGCGUGGCAUCGGCCGUGUUGGUAUGAAGAGAGAGUAAGCUGAAGAGAUAUCAUCAUUCUAUAUUGAAAAAGAAAUUCGACAUCUAGGUAACAAAAUGUAUAGUACUGAAUCACGAUGACUGUGCAGACUCAUCUCUCCAGUCAUGUAUUAUUGCUGUAGUCAUAGUCAAGAACAAAAGAUAACUAUUUAGAAC